AUGAAUGAGAUUAUGACUAAAGUCAAUGAUGCUUUGGGUAUUUCUGGUGACUAUGGGAUCUCAUGGGGAAAUGUUGCGAACUCGAUUAUCCCAAAUACAGAGCAUGAGGAAACAGAGCAUUUAGAGAAGGAGAUUGAAGCAAGUGCAGAACCAGAUGCUCAGCGUAGACUUAACAUGGGAGGCAAACCUUCUUGGGCUACCAUUGUCAAUGGAAGUUCGCUUACUGCAAACGGUACCCCUCUGUCGUUUAUCUCCCCCACUAUUGUGGAUGGUAAGCCUAUUGGUUUGCUUAACAAGAUAGAUGUUGAUAAUAUGGUUGCAAUUUGGAAUUGCUCUAUUGUGAUGUACAUUGUGGGAGAUAUGCCUUCCAUUGGAGCUGUUAUUAGGUUCAUUGCAAAAGAAUGGGUGAAUGUUUCUACUCCGAAGGUUUUCCUUCAAGAUGAAGGUUAUUUUGUCAUCAGAUUUGCUAGUAGGAAAGAUAGGGAUUCUGUUUUGAUGGCUGGACCUUAUUCCUUUUUCAAUAGGCCAAUGAUUGUCAAGCCAUGGUCUGCUAAGUUUAACUUUCAGGAAGAAAUUUUGGGAGUCAUUCCUGUGUUGGUUAGGCUGCCAAAUUUGCCAUUGAAUUAUUGGGGUCCAGAUUCUCUGAGUAGAAUUGGUAGUUUGUUGGGGAUCCCCUUAUUUGCUGAUGAAUGUACUUCUUCCCAAAUGAGAGUGUCCUUUCCUAGAUUGUUGGUGGAAAUUGAUGUCACUAAACCUCUUCCAAAGCAUGUUAUGCUACAGGAUCCUUCUGGUGGCACCUUUACUCAGCCAGUUUUGUAUGAUUGGCUUCCACCUUACUGUGGUACUUGUAAGGUGGUGGGUCAUAUUUGUGGUGAGGGCAUGAAGCAAACAACUAGAUUCAAGCCUGUUGUACCAGUGAAGAUGAAGAAGGAUAUCAGUAAUAAUCCUGUUGCAGAUGGGAAAGUUACUCACACUCCUGUCACUCAUGAUGAUGGUUGGAGAAUUGUUACUAGGAGACGAAGGGACCCUAAACCACCUAGACAUAUUCUUGGUUUGGCACAAGUACAAGCUGUUACCAGGGGGUUCUCUUUCGACGGAGGGGGUGAAGGGGAGGAGGGUUUUGACAUUGGUUAA